CAGAACGGGAACGAACGCUCGGUCGCUUUUGUUGCUACUGGGGAAUGUUUUCCAAAGCGCACCGGAAACAGCGUGGGGUUGUUGAGCAUCAAGAUCUUCUGAACUUUGUGAAUGACCUGUCAGCAAACGUCUUCCUCAUCAUCCUCAGAGUAGAGAAGAUGUUGAGAAAUGCCUCCGCACAGAUACUUAAAGAGUUCGUCCGACACAGGACUACAGAUGCAAGUCUGAUCUUGGAGAGAUCUAUUAACCGGGUGCAGCUUCUUGGGCGAGUGGGACAGGACCCCGUCAUGAGAGAUGUCAGCCAGAAAACAACAUGGCACAGAAUUUCAGUAUUCAAACCAGGCCUCAGAGAUGUGGCGUAUCAGUAUGUAAAGAAAGGGUCUCGGAUUCUUGUGGAAGGAAAGCUCGACUAUGGAGAGUACAUGGAUAAAAACAACGUCAGGCGACAGGCAACAACUAUCAUCGCAGAUAAUAUUGUGUUUUUAAGUGAAAAUCUGCGAGACCAGUAAUGAAGACGCCUUCCCAGACUUUAGGAACCAAAAGAAGAUAUUUUAUAUAGUGUUACUCUGCUCACUGACAUUAAACUCUGUGUAUCAUUGUGUCUGGCCUUCACUGUCACACAUAGACAUAAGAAGUCAUGUUGUUUGUAUGAUUGUGUCAUGCUGUCUUUCCCCGACAGAGGGACAGAAAGCACUUUGACAUGUAAACACAUUUCCAGAGCCAUGCACUGGAUCAGACUCUAUGUAUAAGCAGAAAUGCGAAAUUUCCCCUUUUUUUUGGACUUAAAAGCAUCAUAUUUGAAGUUAUGUCUAACCAAAUCACUUCCAGUUUGUUGUAAUGUCAUACUAAUGUUCAUGAAUAAAUGUAAUAGUUUGUCAGUAAA